AUGAAUAAGAUUGCAAAUGAUGAACUGCCACCGGUGCAGUUUGUAGCUAAUGGCUGUACAUACAAUUAUGACUACUAUCUUGCAGAUGAAAUCUACCCAAAGUGGCAAACAUUUGUGAACCCGUUGAAAAAACCGGAAGGCGUCAGCUGCUCGCGCGCGCUGCUGGAGCUGCGCGCUCGCGCUGCAUUUCUGCGGGGCGAGCUGCAUUUUAACGGGGCUGCUAGAGCCAGCGCCGCGCGCCGCGUCAAACCUGACGAUGGACGCGCUAUGAAUCAGAUUUUUGGACGGCGGGCGUUUGACGACACCAAGGCCGGCGUCAAGGGCCUCGGCGACGCCGGCAUCACCAUUGUCCCUGUCAUCUUCCACUCCACUUCUUCCUCCUCCUUCGUCACCAUCCCGGUUAUCGACCUCACCGGCCUCACGACAUCAUCCGGGCGGGCCUCGGUGGUCGGUGCGGUUAGGGUGGCCGCGGAGACGGUGGGCUUCUUCCAGGUGGUGAACCACGCCGUGCCAGAGGAGGCCAUGCCCAAGAUGCUCGCGGCGGUGCGGCGCUUCAACGAAGAACCGGCGGAGGCCAGGGCCACGUACUACUACUACAGCCGGGACCUCGGCCGGCCUGUGAGGUACAAGUGCAACUUCGACCUGUUCCAGUCGCCGGCGGCCAACUGGCGUGACACCCUGCUCCUGGAAAUUGCAUCGGAGCCGCCAGUGGCUGAGGAGAUCCCGCCGGAGUGCAGACGCAUCACGCCGGAGUACGCGGGGCUCGUGCCAAGGCUGGGCCGCACGCUGCUCGGGCUGCUCUCGGAGGCACUGAGCCUUCGCCGCGGUUACCUAGAACAGGACGCCGCGUGUCUGAGGGGCUCAAAAGUGAAAAUUAAUAUUAAAGUUUGA